AUGUUAGCCUUUGUGUUACUGAUUCUAAGCCUAUUUAGCAACCUUACUUAUGGAAAAAGUAAAAGUUGUGUCCAUGGAUCUUUAAGUCCUCAUCCUACUGACUGCACAAUGUAUCAGGCUUGUGUACAUGGAUAUCAAAUGAAUAUGACUUGUCCUUACGGAACUGCAUGGCACCAAAAGAAUUCCACAUGUGCAGAUGCCGCGGAAGUGAGAUGUAAAUUACAAGAUGAUAAGGGUGAUGAAUAUGCGUUUUCUUGUCCAAGUACCUUUGGAGAGUUUCCAGACCCAAAGAACUGUACCAAGUACUACAUAUGUUCUUAUGGAACGGCAACAUCGAUGGUAUGUCAGAAAAAUACAGGAUGGGACCCGAAGUUAAAAUUGUGCAAUCAUUUGUCUAAUCUGUCAAAAUGUCCUUAAUUCUGUCAUAAUCGCUCAUGAAAUAAAGAGAAAUGUAUGCUAAACUAUA